AUGUGCAACUUGCUCUUGGCCAAACCAGAAGGUCAGCAAGCAAAAGCAGUAGCAACAAUGGAGAGGCGUAGCGGCAUGAGCGCGAGCCUUGUUCUUGGCCUCCUGCUCGUCACCACCGUUGCUUGCCAUGCUGCGAGGGACAUCCCAGCAACUGAGCCCGAGUCCUACCGUCCCCAGAACGUCUUUGGGUUUGGUGGCUUCUACCCUGGCCCGUCGGUCAACUGGGUGUUUCCGGGGCCAAACGGCGUCACACCACAGGUAGGGUUCGGCGGGAUGCCGGGCUCUAGCUCCUUCCCUGGCACUGGUGGCUCGUCCGGCAGCAGUGGCGUGGUCGGCAUUCAUGGUGCUGCCAAUCCCUGAUCGUGUUGUUGUCUGUCUUGGUGUCUAGAUGUUUAAGAUUUUGCUCUUUAGAGCUAUGCAGGUGCAGCAUUCUACCGUGGUGGUAGAGAGUAAGCUUCUUGCUUGCUCUAGUUUAGUAGUAUUGUGUUAUGGCUUAUGUGUUGUGUGUUGUUUACAAGUGAUCUGUGUCCUGUGUCUGUGUAAAAGACUUGUUCUUGGUUGUUAUUUAACCUUGUGUACUUCUUACA